AUGGUUUGGCUAUGGUAUUUAUAUACAUUUGCAUUUUUUAUUAAUUCGGUAUUUGCCGAGGCAAAUGCAGCUGGUGUCGAUUCUAAUAACGAUGUUAUAAUUAUUGAUCCAGCUUAUAAAAAUUUAAUGAAUCGUAUUGUCACACUUUACAUAGACAUUACAACCGUCGAUGCUGCUGGUAAUGUUAUAACUAGUACAAGUACAAUGUUUUCUUCUGAUCCAGUUACUGCUCCUGCUACCACCCCAGUUGUCGUAGCUGCAACAACUACUCCUACUACCACCCCAGGUGUCAUAGCCGCAACAACUGCAACUAGUUCAAGUUCGACAGUCGCCAAAACAGCGUCAAAUUCUGGUGGUAUAUCUUUACUUAAUCCAGUUAGUACUAUUUAUACAACAACAAAAGCUGGUGGUGGUACUACCGUUAUAAGACAGACAGUCACUCCAUACGUUUCUACUACAGCUGUUAUUAAUUCACAACUUCAAGAGACAUUUAUAUCUGUGACAACUGUCACUCCUUCAAUCUAUACUAAUCCAUCUCAAUUAUCAGCAUUGAAGGCUGCCUCUGGAUCAUCGGGAACAGGAUCAACAACUACUCAUUACACUGGUACAAAGCCAGAUCCGUCCACUGAUAUGACUACACCACCAGUAUCAUCCGUGACAAAUUUAUCUAUGGAUCCCUAUGUUACAAUUACUCAAGGUACAACUAAAACAUUCACCACUACUAGGGGUAGAACAUCAAUUUGGGUCACUGUAGUUGAUGCUGGUUUUACAUUGACUGUCCAAACUACUUUUGCUCAAAGAUUUAGUUCUCAAUACAAAUCAGUUGCUGAACCCUCUUCAGGUUCAGUUGGUUUAGGUUCAAUUAAAGGUACGGUCGGUGUGGUUAAACAUACAAUGACUGCCUCUGCCUCUGCCUCAGACACAGUAGCCAAAGCUGUUACCGUUAACGCAGCUUCUUCUCUGUCUCCAUAUUAUGGUUAUUCACUAUUAUUCAUUCUAGCAUCCAUUAUUUUCUUAUAA